AUGGCCUCAAAUACGAAUCCGUCGCCGAAACCAAAGAUCGACCUUUCACAAAAGCUGUCAGAACUCCGAGCAGCUAGAGCAAAAACGCAAUCCCCUAGAGAACCAGCUCCCGUCACCCCUCCGCUCUCAAAACCGCCAGAUUUGUCCUCCCACAGCUACUCGCGGCCUGUCCGCCGAAUCCUUUCCAAAAAUGACCAUGAAACAUUCCUCUCCUCGUCUACUUAUACACUCGUUCUCGCCUUCAUUUUCGGCCUCUCCGAUUCAGUUCGAGGUCGCGCAGCACCAGAUGCAAACGCAGAACCCGGCUACUCGCCAAAGAUUUCGAAAAUCCUCUCAGUGGUAGACAACAUCCGCACGCUUGUUGAGAGCCACCCAUCUAUUGAUCAGGGUGGCUCUCGGUUUGGCAACCCUGCCUUCCGCGAUUUGUUCGACGACGUCGCCGCCCAAAGCCCAGCAUGGCUCAGAGACAUCCUAGGGAUUGAGGACGCAGCCGCUGUUAACGAGAUAUCCACAUACCUGAUUCACUCGCUAGGGUCGCGUGACAGACUAGACUAUGGAUCUGGACAUGAACUGAACUUCAUGAUGUGGCUGCUAUGUCUGCGGCAGCUAGGUCUCUUCUCAGAGCCGGAUUUUGAGGCGAUCGUUUUCCACGUUUAUGUGCGGUACAUGCGGCUUAUGCGGGAGGUGCAAUCGACGUAUUACCUUGAGCCUGCUGGUUCGCAUGGUGUCUGGGGCCUAGAUGAUUACCACUUCUUGCCGUUUUUGUUCGGUGCCGCUCAGCUUGUUGGGCACCCGUAUAUCACACCGUUGGCGAUUCAUAAUACUGCUAUACUCGACGAGGAAGGAGACCGAUAUCUGUACCUUGAUCAAGUCCGGUGGGUGGAUAGUGUUAAGACAGUGAAAGGGCUACGGUGGCACAGUCCCAUGCUGGACGAUAUUUCCGGCGCAAAGAACUGGACUAAGAUUGAAAGCGGAAUGAAAAAGAUGUUUGUCAAGGAGGUAUUGGGGAAACUCCCCAUUAUGCAGCACUUUUUGUUUGGAAGCUUGCUGCCCGCUGAACCGGGAAUGGGUGAAGGUGAAGCCGAAGAGGAGGGUGAGCAUACGCAUGCACAUGGACAUAGCCAUGUGCACGACCACAGUCAGCAACUAGACUGGUUUGGCGAUUGCUGUGGCAUCAAGGUGCCGAGCACUGUAGCUGCAGGACAAGAAAUGCGGAAACGAAUGGGUGGUGGUUCGAGCCUGCGUCCGAUUCCCUUCGAUUAG